AUACACUACUCACAAUUAACAAUAUCCUUCAUUAGGCCUUCAACUUCAACACUCCUACUCCACUCACUCUCUCUCCCUUGCUAGCUUCCUUUUUAACUUUUCCGACAUUCUUUUCCAUCAAUGGCUAUGGCACCGGCAAUGUUGCCAUUCUUUCUGUUUCUGUCCCUUCUUUCUCUGUGCCUCCUCAUCAAUGCAAACGGAGUGAGUUCCUUUGAAGAGAAGAAGAUAUUCAACGUGCAAACGUUGCAGAAGAAACACCAACUUGGUAACCAGCAGGCUUGCCUCCUCCCGGAAUCAAGAAAGGAGAAAGGUGCUAUUAUACUGGAAAUGAAGGACAGAGGACACUGCUCAGAGAAGAAAAUUGAUUGGAACAGAAGGCUUCAGAAGCAGUUAAUAUCAGAUGAUCUUCGCGUUCGUUCAAUGCAAAACAGAAUUCGAAGAGUAGUCUCCAGCCAUAAUGUAGAAGCUUCACAAACCCAAAUACCACUAUCUUCUGGUAUAAACUUGCAAACCUUAAACUACAUAGUGACAAUGGGAUUGGGUAGUACGAAUAUGACUGUGAUAAUUGACACUGGAAGCGACUUAACCUGGGUCCAAUGUGAGCCUUGCAUGUCAUGUUAUAAUCAACAAGGACCAAUAUUCAAACCUUCUACCUCCUCUUCCUAUCAAUCAGUUUCAUGCAAUUCAUCAACCUGCCAGUCUCUUCAAUUUGCCACAGGAAACACAGGAGCAUGUGGAAGUAAUCCAUCAACUUGCAACUAUGUGGUUAACUAUGGUGAUGGAUCCUACACUAAUGGUGAGCUAGGUGUUGAACAACUUAGUUUUGGAGGUGUUUCAGUGAGUGAUUUUGUAUUUGGUUGUGGUAGGAACAACAAAGGUCUAUUUGGAGGAGUCUCUGGUCUUAUGGGCUUGGGAAGAAGUUACCUCUCAUUGGUAUCUCAAGCCAAUGCCACAUUUGGAGGAGUUUUCUCAUACUGCUUACCAACGACAGAAUCUGGUGCUUCUGGGUCAUUAGUUAUGGGUAAUGAGUCUUCAGUUUUCAAGAACGUUACUCCCAUCACUUACACCAGAAUGCUUCCAAAUCCACAGCUAUCCAACUUCUAUAUUCUCAAUCUCACUGGCAUAGAUGUUGAUGGCGUGGCUUUGCAGGUUCCAAGCUUUGGCAAUGGUGGGGUUUUGAUUGAUUCCGGCACAGUGAUCACAAGACUGCCCUCAUCUGUGUACAAGGCAUUGAAGGCAUUGUUCUUGAAACAGUUCACGGGUUUCCCUUCAGCACCAGGGUUUUCAAUUUUGGAUACUUGUUUCAAUCUCACUGGGUAUGAUGAAGUGAGCAUACCUACCAUAAGUAUGCAUUUUGAGGGCAAUGCUGAGCUGAAGGUGGAUGCAACUGGCACAUUCUACGUUGUGAAAGAGGAUGCUUCGCAAGUUUGCUUGGCGCUUGCAAGUCUUUCUGAUGCAUAUGACACUGCUAUUAUUGGGAAUUAUCAGCAAAGGAACCAAAGGGUAAUAUAUGAUACCAAACAGUCCAAAGUGGGAUUUGCUGAGGAGUCAUGCAGUUUCGCUUGAACAGGGAAAUUUGAUAGUAUAAUAGAUGCCAUUAUGGAGGAUGCAAUUCUUCAAAGGAGACUUAAGCAACAGCGUCAGCAAGCAAAACCUUCCUGUUCUUUUUCAAUUUUCUAUUUGGACCACAUAUAUACGUAACUAUAUUUGCCAUAUAAAGAAUUACUAGAAUAAUUUGACAUUUAUGAGGUUUUUAACUUGAUAAAUCAUUGUAUUUUAAACUAUAAUUUAUGAAAACAAGGAAGGUUUGAAAUGUAAAUGGAUUCGUUCCCUUGGUAUAAAAGAUGUUGUAAUAUUCUGUCC